CAGCUGCGCACUUUUAUCAUCAGAAGCGCGUUCACAACAUUAUUUAAUAUAGCAGCACAUACGCGAGAAAAUCACUUUAACAACUUCUCAAGUUUAACACUAACAAGUUUUCUUUCGUUAUCACUGGUUUUCGUAUCUUGACAAUGCCGUUUCUUGGACAAGACUGGCGGUCUCCUGGUCAAAGCUGGGUAAAAACAGAGGACGGCUGGAAAAAAACGACGAAAGAUGAGAACGAGACGAAUAACAAUGUUUCAGAACGGAAGAGCUACUGCAAGGAAGAACAUGACAAGGAGAAUUUGAUCCUGAGCAUUAAUUAUGACGUGGCUGCAAAGAAGCGAAAGAAGGACUUGCUAAACAACAAUACAAAGAUUCCUUAUUUUCACAAAGACAAAUGGAUUUAUGUCCACAAAGGAAGCACCAAAGAGCGUCAUGGAUAUUGUACUCUGGGAGAAGCAUUUAAUCGCUUGGAUUUCUGCAGUGCCAUCAAAGACACCAGGCGAUUCAAUUAUGUCGUAAGGCUGCUGGAGCUGAUCGCCAAGUCCCAACUGCCUUCGCUGAGUGGAGUGGCACAGAAAAACUACAUGAACAUUCUGGAAAGGGUUGUGCAGAAAGUUCUUGAUGAUCAGCAAAAUGUUCGUCCGAUUAAAGAACUCCUGCAGACACUAUAUGCGUCGUUGUGCAGUCUGGUUCAGGACAUGGGCAAGUCUGUCCUAGUGGGCAACAUCAACAUCUGGGUGCACCGCAUGGAGAACAUACUACAGUGGCAACAGCAGCUUGAUAACAUUCAGAUCAACCGGCCUACAAACACAGGGAUGACAUACCUUGAUCUGCCGGCUAGCUUGCAGCUUAACAUCAUGCACCAUCUUUCAGACGGACGAGAUCUGGUUAGCCUGGGUCAAGUAUGCCCUGACCUAAGUGUGCUAGCAGAAGAUCGGCUGUUGUGGAAGAAACUUUGCCAGUAUCACUUUGCAGACAGACAGAUCCGCAAGCGCCUAAUGGUGUCAGAUAAAGGACUUUUGGAAUGGAAAAAGAUGUAUUUUAAGUUGUGUCGGUGCUACCCUCACAAGGAACAGUACAGUGACACGUUACAGUUCUGUACACAUUGCCACAUCCUGUUCUGGAAGGAUACAGACCAUCCUUGCACUGCCAAUAACCCAGAGAGCUGCUGCAAGCCUGUGUCUCCACAGGGUUUUAUCAACCUUUUCAAAUUCUAGGGGGCGCUGCAUUGCUGCCAUGUACAUAGUGUCAAUAUUGCAAAGGAUUCCUGGAUGACUUGAGGCAGGGAAAAGAUGGGGUUGCAUUAGAAGCAAGUGUCAUAAUGUUUAUAAGUUUGGUAACUGAAUGUACUCAAGAAAUAUGCAAGAUGAGAAACUAAAAAGCUGUGUUGGGGGGAAAAUACGCUCC